GCAGCUGUGGUAUUUGGAGCAAGUAUAAAUAGCCGCCUGGACGGAGCUUGGCCAAACAGGGCUUUGCAGCUGCAGCGGCUGUGCAGGCGGGACUGGCCACUGUUGGCCACGGUGGGUGCAAACUGGGCAGGGAGACAGGCGGUGGACAGGCACGGCCCCUGGGCUCUGACCUGACACCGCUCGCCAUCACACCUCUGGAUGCCUUCCCGGCCAGCCAUGCUGCUGAGUGGCCUCCUCCUCAUUGUGGCCACCACGACUGCGGCCCAGCGGAGGGGGCAGGAGGCCGGCGGGCGCCGCCGGGCACACCGAGUCCAGCAUGGCCAGUGCAGCUACACCUUCGUGCUGCCCGAGCCUGAGCCCUGCCCGCCCGAGCCCGAGGCCUUCGGGGGCUCCAACAGCCUCCAGAGGGACUCCCCGGCAGCCGCACUGAACCUAGGGGACUGGCCGACCCAGCGGGUACGACAGCUGGAAAAAAUGCUAGAGAACAACACACAGUGGCUGCAGAAGCUAGAAAGGUACAUCCAGAUGAACCUGAGGUUGGAGCUGGCGCAGGCCCAGCAGCACAUGGUCCAGAACCAGACAGCCACCAUGCUGGAGCUGGGCACCAGCCUCCUGAACCAGACCACCGCCCAGACCCGCAAGCUGACCGACGUGGAGGCUCAGGUCCUGAACCAGACAUCGAGAAUGGAGAUCCAGCUUCUGGAGACCUCACUGUCCACCAACAAGCUGGAGAAGCAGCUGCUGCUGCAGGGCCACGAGCUCCACCGGCUGCAGGGCCACAACAGCGCGCUGGAGACGCGGGUGCAGGCCCUGGAGACGCAGCAGCAGGCGGAGCUGGCCAGCCUCCGCGGCGAGAAGGAGCGGCUGCGGCGCCUGCUGGGCCGCCAGAGCGGCGCCCUCGCCGGCCUUGAGCGCAGCCUGCGCGCCGCCAGCAGCAACUCCAGCCUCCUGCAGCGCCAGCAGAGCCAGCUGCUGGAGUCGGUGCAGCGCCUGGUGCGCGUCGUGGCCCAGGGCCCGGCGUCCAUGAGGGCAGCUGAGCAGGUGUUCCAGGACUGUGCAGAGAUCCAGCGCUCCGGGGCCAAUGCCAGUGGCAUCUACACCAUCCAUGUGGCCAAUGUGACAGAGCCCAGAAAGGUGUUCUGUGACAUGGAGGCCAGUGGAGGUGGAUGGACCCUCAUCCAGCGCCGUGAGAAUGGCAGCAUGAACUUCCAACGGAACUGGAGGGAUUACAAACAGGGCUUUGGCAACCCAGCCGGGGAGCACUGGUUAGGUAAUGAGGUGGUGCACCAGCUCACCAGCAGGGCAGCCUACUCUCUGCGCGUGGAGCUGCAAGAUUGGGAAGGCAACGAGGCCUACGCCCAGUAUGAGCAUUUCCAGCUGGGCAGCGAGGGGCAGCUGUACAGGCUUUCUCUGAGUGGGUACAGCGGCUCGGCGGGGCGCCAGAGUAGCCUGGUCCUGCAGGGCACCAACUUCAGCACCCGCGACGCAGACAACGACAACUGCCUCUGCAAGUGCGCCCAGAUGCUGUCUGGAGGAUGGUGGUUUGAUGCCUGCGGCCUCUCAAACCUCAAUGGCAUCUACUACCCGGCCCGCCACCACGUGCGCAAACUCAACGGCAUCCGCUGGCACUACUUCCAAGGCCCCAGCUACUCACUGCGUUCCACUCGCAUGAUGGUGCGUCCCACAGACAUCUAAGGAGCAGCCACGCCUGGAGGCUGGUCCCGCAGGAGGACCUGGAUGUGGUAUCCUCUGAACAAGCUGGACCCAAACACAGGACACAAUGCCAGGACCUUGUCCUGGACACCCUGGGUCCCCUGAGCCAGCCCUCCUUACCCCAGGAGUCCAGAAGAGUCACCUCCCUCCCUUUUUCCCUCAAGUUGUGAAAUGGUGGGUGUUUGGGGGUUCCUGCCUCUGCAUUGUCCCUAUUUCCUCUUCCCUCCUGCCUCCUGCAGAGCCCUCCAGCCAGCUUGAGGGUCAUAGUACCCUGGAUGAGCUGAGAACAGAUUUAACUGGGCUCCUCAAAGGAAUACACGACUAAUGGUGGGAUGUCAGGCAGGCGGGAAGGUAUUUACAGGCAGGAAACUGCCCAGAUGGAGGCCCAGAUUCUGUCCCUGGGUUGUUGGGAAGGCCAUCUCUUGUUCCAAGCUUUCUCAGCCUUGAGAUGUCCUUGAGCUUUCUGUUCAGGACUGAAGGAGCUGCAUCCACCCUAUAACGGGAGUUAUUUCCACCCACACUGUCCACCACUCCUAGGCCCCAGCAUCUAAAGCUCAGACGUGGUUUCUCAGGGGCUCCAGGAGAUCUAAGAGGGAUUCCUUUACCCCUUGAAUGUCCUAGAAUAUAUUCCAGAGAGAAUAACUAGGACUCCCCUCUAAAAGUACCUGUGGUCAAGUGAGGGAGGGAAACACCAGGUUAAAUCAACGUGAACAGGCAUUCUUAGCUGCAGGCCUUGUCAGAGCUAUUAGUGUGGUCAUGUGCUUAGUGACUGCCCAUGAAAGGGCUAGAGUAGGCAGCUUUCCCCAAAUUUAUUUAUUUGAAAAUGGGCCCUGAUUAUCCCAGAGCAUCUCUCAGGGCUGCGGAUACCCUUGGAAAAAGCUGGUCCUCGUAUGUCAUGAGCUGAAACCCCAGGUCACUAUCCCCACCCCCGGCUGCUUUCACCAUUUCUAGCUACGAGGGCCACAGUGACAUUCUCAGCCUCUAAAAACAACUGGAAGGAACCUUUGGGUUAAAACAGAUACACCGUCGCUGAAGAAGGGUCUAGAACUAAGUUUCUUGUCUGUGCUCCAAGGCUUCUCUGUCCGUAGGAAGCCAUAUCUCUGUCUGGGGGCUGCCCUCAGCACUCCCUGUGACCCCAGCUCAUACCAGCUCAAGUUCAGGGGCUCUUGGGGCCCACUCUGCCUCGAACAGGACACCAAUCGCUGGGUCCAGGUCCCUCCUGCCUCCAAGCCAGAGCUCCUAGCCUCCUCUUGCCUUGUCCAACAGCGAUGCUACAGCUAGGGGUCCAUGGAGACUGGGCCUUUGCUGAGUCUGGGAGACCAGGGACUCCUCAUGAACUUCUUUCAGAGAGGGGCCGCAGCCACUCUGCCACCCACUCCCAUUACUGUGUCACCCUCCUCAGACCUGAUGAGGCCACCUAAGUCCUGUCAUCCUCAGCCAACACCCGGGCCCAGCCCACGACUGACCUGCGCUACCGCCAGGUUGCGCCUCUGUCUUCAGAAGGUUUUCUCCUGGCUGAGGCUGCAUGGUGGAAAUGGGGCACCUUCAUCCCACUGGGCUCUGCCCCCGCCCCUGAGUCCCACCUCGGCCAAUCCACUGAUUAAACCCAGCACAGAUUAAUGCUGAUCUCCUUCAGGGAAACCAAAGGUUGUGGUUGCUAAUGGUGACUUCAGGCAGGAGGGAAAAGUACUUAGGGGCAGGUAGCUGCCCAGAAGGCUGACACAGCCUUAUCCAGCAUUUGCUCGGCAAGCCUUUAUUUAGUGUCUACGGUGUGCAGUGUGGUGCUGUUGGCAGGACUUUGGAGUCGUACAGACCUGCUCCAGCUCUUGAACUUGAAGCCAGUGGCUCAGCCUCUCAAGGCCUCAAUCAUCUGGUCUGUGAAAUGGAGAUGGUGAUACUCCCUCCUUGCUGUGCUGGGGCAGGAGGAAAUGAGACCUUGUAUUGCAACUUCUUAACAGAGCCUGGCAUGAAACAGGUGCUUAAUAAAUGUUAGUUCCCAAAGAGGUGAAUGGGGUGGAGAAAUC